UAUCCACCCUACACGUAUCCCUCUUCUUAUGAUUAAAACAACUAUUACCAAUCAAUUAAAGGAAAAAAAAAUGAAAUAUCACUAGUCUCACUCUUAAGCUUCAGGGUCUCACCAAUGCCAUCUUACUUGGAAGUAUUCACUACAUUAUUCACAAUUUGCUUCUAUAAAAUUCCCAUUUUUUAGUAGUUUUUUUGCAUCAAAAUCCGAUUUUUUUAUAGUUUUUCUCUGGUGGGUCUUUAUUUUUAUUAAGAAAGUUGAGAUUUUUAUACAAUUUUAACCAUAAUUUUGUGGAAAAUUUUGUGGGUAUUUUGGUAAAUGAUCAAUAUUACAGAGAUAAAUUAUUGCUUUUAUACAAAAUCAAAUCUUUUAAACUUUUUCAAGAAUUAUAUCUAUUUUUUUUUGUGGGUCACUAUUUUUAUAAAGAAAGUUGAGAUUUUUAUUCAAUUUUAACCAUAAUUUUGUGGGAAAUUUGUGGGUAUUUUGGAUGAUUGAACAAUAAAUUACAGAGAAUUUGAAGGAAUUAAAAAAAAGAAUGAGUAAUUCAAUAGGACAGAAUGUGAAUUUGUUGUUAGAGCAGCAUCAAAGCAAGGUAAAUUCUGGGAUUCCAAUAUUCAGAGCACAAGCAACAUCAAAGUUAAGGAAUUCAGCUACAUUUACUAAGAAAUUUUAUGGGAAAAAAUUGAGAUCUUCCUCAAAUACCCAGAAAUUAAUGGAUUCUCAUCGGUUUUCUUAUGUUGCUCGUGCUGUUUUAGCCGCUGAUCCUGCUUCUCAGCAAGCAGGGCGAUACAAUCUUGAUGGAGAUAUUGAACUACAGGUUGAAGUUACUCCCAUGUCGUCUGACUGUGUCUCUAAAGUGGAGAUACGGGUCACAAAUAGUUACGAUGACAAUUUAGUACUUCAUUGGGGUGGAAUAAGUGACAACAAAGAGAAAUGGAUGCUUCCUUCACGUAGACCUGAAGGUACCAAAGUGCACAAGGAUAGAGCGCUUAGAACCCCAUUUCAAAAGUCAGGUUCUGGUUCAUCCUUGAAAAUAGAGAUUGAUGAUCCUGCAAUGCAAGCUAUUGAAUUUCUUAUUUUUAACGAAGCCCGUAAUAUAUGGUUUAAGAAUAAUGGCCAAAACUUUCAUGUGAAUUUGCCCGGUAAAGUAGAGCAUUCUCAACAAGUAUCGGUUCCUGAGGAUCUUGUUCAAAUUCAAGCAUAUCUCAGAUGGGAAAGAAAGGGUAAACAAAUGUAUACUCCUGAGCAGGAAAAGGCAAAAUAUGAAGCUGCGCGUGCUGAAUUAUUGGAAGAGGUAGCCAAAGGCGCAUCUAUACAAGAGAUUCAAGCUAGGUUGAAAAAAGGAAGUAAUGCCAGUGAAGUCAAGGAAAAAACUCCUUCAAAAUCUGAAAGCAAGAUCCCGGAUGACCUUAUUCAAAUUCAAGCUUACAUGAGAUGGGAGAAAGCCGGGAAACCAAACUACUCUCCGGAAAAACAAAGUAAGGAAUUUGAGGAAGCAAGAAAAGAGUUGCAGAUGGAACUAUCUAAGGGAACCUCAUUGGAUGACAUCCGAAAGAAGAUUGCGAAAGGAGAAAUAAAAACUAAGGUUGCAAAGCAGCUAGAGAAAAAAAAUUACUUUACAGUUGAUCGGAUUCAGCGUAAGAAGAGGGAUCCGAUACAAAUAAUUAAUAAAGUUGUCUCGGAACCAGUUGUAAAAGUACUCACAAAACCGAAAUCCUUAUCUGCAAUUGAGCUUUUUGCUGAGGCGAAAGAAUCUCAAGAUGAUGGCUUUGGGGUGAAGAAAAAAUUAUUCGGUCUUGCCGACAAGCAACUUAUGGUACUUGUAACUAAGCUUGCUGAUAAGACGAAGAUUUGUCUAGCUACAGAUUUCAAGGAGCCUCUUAUUCUUCACUGGGCUUUAUCGAAAAAUGGAAACGAGUGGUUGCCACCACCUCAAAAUGCCCUUCCACCAGGCUCAGUUCUAAAAGAAAAGGCUGCAGAAACAGAAUUUUGCGGUGUCUCGUCUGAUGAUCCUCUACAUAAGUUAGGUGUUCAGACAUUGGAGAUCGAGGUUGAAGGCAAUGAUUUUGUAGGUAUGCCUUUUGUCCUUGUGUCUUCUGGAAAUUGGAUAAAGGACAACGGCUCGGAUUUCUACAUGGACAUCAGUGUCAGACCCUAUCAGAUGGAUGCUAGUGAUGGAAGUGGGACUGCAAAGUCACUAUUGGAAAAGAUAGCUUCACUAGAGAGUGAAGCACAAAAAUCGUUCAUGCACAGGUUCAACAUUGCAGCAGAUUUGCUUGAAGAAGCAGUCAAUAACGGUGAGUCGGGUCUUGCUGGGAUUUUAGUGUGGAUGAGAUUUAUGGCCACUAGGCAGCUAAUAUGGAACAAAAACUACAAUGUGAAGCCACGUGAGAUAAGUAAAGCUCAAGAUAGACUUACAGAUUCUCUCCAGGAUAUAUUCACAAGCCGGCCUCAGUAUCGGGAACUUAUCAGAAUGAUAAUGUCAACUGUUGGUCGUGGAGGCGAAGGAGAUGUUGGACAGAGAAUUAGAGAUGAAAUUUUGGUCAUUCAGAGAAACAAUGAUUGCAAGGGUGGAAUGAUGGAGGAAUGGCACCAAAAACUGCAUAAUAAUACAAGUCCCGAUGACGUUGUCAUAUGUCAGGCAUUAAUUGAUUACAUCAAAAGCGACUUCGAUAUCGGUGUUUACUGGAAAACAUUAAAUGAGAAUGGGAUUACUAAAGAGCGCCUCUUGAGUUAUGAUCGUGCUAUCCAUUCUGAACCGAACUUUAGAAGUGACCAGAAGGAGGGGCUUCUACGCGAUCUUGGACAUUAUAUGAGAACACUGAAGGCAGUUCAUUCAGGCGCAGAUCUGGAAGCUGCUAUUUCGAAUUGCAUGGGAUACAAAGCCGAGGGUCAAGGCUUCAUGGUUGGGGUGAAUAUAGAUCCUGUUCCUGGUUUGCCUGCAGGAUUUCCGGACUUGCUUCAAUUUGUCUUGGAACACGUGGAGGAUAAAAAUGUGCUCCCACUGCUCGAGGGAUUACUAGAGACACGGCAGGAACUCCGACCAUUGCUUUUUAAGUCUCAAAAUCGGCUCAAAGAUCUUGUAUUUUUAGAUAUUGCUCUCGAUUCUUGUGUGAGGACAGCCAUUGAAAGAGGUUAUGAGGAGCUGAAUAAAGCCGGACCUGAGGAAAUUAUGUACUUCAUAUCGAUGGUUGUUGAAAAUCUUGCUCUGUCAUCUGAUGAUAAUGAAGAUCUAGUCUACUGCUUGAAGGGAUGGAAUCGAGCGAUGGAUAUGUUAAAGGGUAAAGACGGAGAUUGGGCGUUGUAUGCAAAAUCAGUCCUCGACAGGACUCGUUUAUCACUUGCGAGGAAAGCCGAGUUGUACCAACAAAUUUUGCAGCCAUCUGCGGAUUACCUGGGUUCACUUCUUGGCGUAGAUCAGUGGGCUGUCAAUAUCUUUACGGAAGAGAUUAUUCGUGCUGGAUCAGCUGCCUCUCUAUCUGCUCUUCUUAAUAGACUGGAUCCCAUUCUUCGGAACACUGCUAAUCUGGGAAGUUGGCAGAUUAUCAGUCCUGUUGAAGCUGUUGGAUAUGUUGUGGUUGUGAACGAAUUGCUGUCUGUUCAAAAUAAAUCCUACGCACAACCCACUAUUCUGGUUGCGAAUCACGUAAAAGGAGAGGAAGAAAUUCCUGAUGGCACCAUCGCUGUGCUGACUCCAGAUAUGCCGGAUGUCUUAUCUCAUGUUUCUGUGCGAGCAAGAAACUGCAAGGUUUGUUUUGCCACGUGCUUUGAUAGCAAAAUUCUCUCUGACCUCCAGUCAGCCGAAGGAAAGCUAUUACGUCUUCAUCCAACAUCAAAUGAUAUACUCUACAGUGAGGUGAACGAAAGCGAGCUAAAAGGGGCUAGCUCAAGUGAAAGUGAUAAUAUGUUGCCCUCGGUGAGCUUGGUUAAGAAGAAAUUCGGUGGUAAAUACGCCAUAGCGUCUGAGGAGUUCACUAGUGAAAUGGUUGGAGCAAAGUCGCGUAAUAUCUCAUAUCUAAGAGGAAGAGUUCCGUCAUGGGUUGGAGUCCCCACAUCUGUGGCUCUACCUUUCGGAACUUUUGAGGAAGUCCUCUCAUAUAGCCCCAAUAAGGAAGUUAAAGAUAAGCUUGAUGUAUUAAAGAAGGAAUUAGAUGGCGGAGACUUUGGAGCUCUUGCAAAAAUACGUAGUACAGUUUUAGGUCUUGUCGAACCACCUCAACUAGUUGAAGAGCUAAAGAAGAAGAUGAAGAGCUCUGGAAUGCCGUGGCCUGGUGAUGAAGGUGAGCAACGUUGGCAACAAGCAUGGACAGCAAUAAAAAAGGUUUGGGCUUCAAAGUGGAACGAAAGAGCAUACUUCAGUACGAAAAAAGUUGGGCUAGAUCAUGAAUAUCUCUGCAUGGCUGUCUUGGUUCAGGAAAUUGUAAAUGCAGAUUAUGCUUUUGUUAUACACACAACUAAUCCGUCUUCUGGGGAUUCAUCAGAAAUAUAUGCCGAGGUUGUGAAUGGCCUUGGAGAGACUUUGGUUGGGGCCUACCCGGGUCGUGCUCUAAGUUUCAUCAGCAAGAAAAGCGAUCUCGACUCGCCGAAGAUUCUGGGAUACCCAAGUAAACCUAUUGGCCUCUUUAUAAAACGGUCUAUCAUCUUCCGAUCUGAUUCAAACGGUGAAGAUCUUGAAGGUUAUGCUGGUGCCGGACUCUAUGACAGUGUGCCAAUGGAUGAAGAAGAAAAAGUUGUGCUAGACUAUUCAGUUGAUCCAUUGAUCAACGACAGCAAGUUCCGUCAAUCAAUACUCACAAACAUUGCACGUGCUGGGAGUGCGAUCGAGGAAUUGUAUGGGUCUCCUCAAGAUAUUGAAGGUGUGGUUAAAGAAGGGAAGAUAUACGUUGUACAAACACGACCACAAAUGUAAUCAUUUUCUUGGCGCAUCUCCAAGAAACCGUCGUCUAGGCAAGUCGUAUCCCUCUUCCACGAAAGAUUGUUGGGAAUGCAGGGUGUUGGAGAACCGAGCCACAGAAGUUGCAAAAUGAUAAGCAGUUUAUGAGAGAAAGACCGAAUAGGACAUAGAAGACGGAAAACAGGUUAAACCAUCAAGUCUUACACUUUUACUAUAUAUGAUCAGAAAGUAUUUAUGAUUUUUCUGAUUAUGAACAAGAUUAAAUGGCUGUUUAAGUUGUAAUGAGAAGAACAGGAAUUAGUACAUAAUAAGCUGAUCAUGCAAACUUAUAAAAAAAUUACUUGUAUAUCUAUAUAAACUUGCUAUUAUGGCAUUUGCUAUUUAGCCA